AAGUAAAACUUCCAAUUUUCAGUUGAGUAUUAAGUCUAUGCAUUUGUCCUUGCCUACAUAUACACGGUCUACGGCAGUAUGAUGGCCGUAAUGAAGCUUAAGAAGCGUGUGAGUCACAUCGCCGUUUCUCCAAUGGAAGCUAAUCGGGAGGUCAACGAUUGGGCAGAUGAUAAUGUUCCUGUCAUUUUAACAACUUCCUAUCCACUGGCUCAGUCAUUCAGACGUCAUCGGAGCAGAAAUGUCUGUCCGCCAGGCACUUGAGCAACAAAUAGGAAGGGGAGGAAGAAGGAUUUUAGGACGCUAGGAGAUCAGAAGCAAAGUUCUGUUUUGGAGGGAAGGCAGUCAGAUCAUUGUACUCGAAACUGCUCGUCUUCGAAACGCCAGACCGAUAGCGACAGUUACAGUAGUAAAUUCUCAAGUCGCAUAAGUGAAACCGAAGAUAACAGCAGAAAUGGGAUUGGAAUCGUUGCUUUAACAUUUUGCCGCCAAUUCCCCAUUAACAAAUCAAAUUCGCGGCAGUUAGCUUAAUGCUCCCCAACAAAUAUAUAAGAUAGAUUGCGUACGCGAAUAUAUGCGAAACAUACUUGAAACGAUGGUGCCUGUUUGGCACGAACGUUAAUAUCAAGAUAUUUUUUUUAUACUUUUUCAGAGCAACAUGGUUUUCAUUGAACUCCACGAAUAUUUAAUAAUAAUAUUAUUAUUAUUAUUAUUUAACACGUUGUUUUAGCAUCUUGCAUUCAGUUUUCUUAAACCGAUGUACUUGAGACACAUUUCGAGCCUUUCACUGAAUGCCUUCUAUAAGGAGCCAAUGGUACAACAUAAUUAUCGGUGAAUAACUCACGUUGUUCGGCAUUCAUAAGCUUGUCACGAUUAUCAAAUCUAAAUGGAUUUCGAACUGUUAUGUCUAUGCGCUACCACUAGGCACCGCUGCAAGCGGCUGGUAGUUCCUCCCGAUGCAGUAUAUUAGGAAAUUAUCCAGUUGACAAAUAUGACCAGUUAUGCGAGAAACGAUAUUAAGUUAAAUGUCUUACCUAAAACACGUUCCGUUAGCGAACCUGAUAGAACUUGACACAUCUUGCCAAAACGUCUUAUUACAUCAAACAAAUAAAUUACAUUUGCUCUGGUUACAAGAAUAGCAUCUUCAUAUUCAGCAAAACGCCUUAUCUACUUGCUACAUUCAAAUGUAAUCGAUAUGCUGCCAAUGGGCGCAUGUAUUCUAUCAUCUACCAUUUAUAGCUUUGCAGCUAUUUUUCAACUUGUUUGAUAUCGUCUAACUCACCUAACUUCCACGAGCAUUAGCAAUCGUCUAUAAGGUGUAAGCUACGACGACUUCGUUUUAUCGCUCGCACAACACGUGAGCGCUCUGCUGCUGAAAGCAAUCAGACCCAGGUCCGUGUCUAUUUUCGCGUCAUUGGGGUUUUCUAGCCAGUUUGUGUAGGCAGCGCCCCCUAUCUGCAACCAGGCUGUUACGGCUACAGCAAAACCAUAGCAUUUUUGUGGCCGACACCAAUUGGCGUGCUAAUCGGUUUUGUCCGACUAAUCGAAAACUGGAAAAUCCACCGUUCAGUUUACUCGUUUCCGCGCCAGUUCAUCUGUGUAAGCUGACGAGGUCAGCGACGGUGCUCGGACUAGAAGACUUAAGUUCUCUUCGCUGAAGUUCUUUGCUUUUGGCAGCACAAAUAAUUUUAGCAGUUCGAAGUUGAGAAGCGGUGGUUUGCUGCUACUUCAGUCGUUCGUGUCCGCCUGCCCACUUUCGCCAGGAAGCCUUUCUGUGGUGCAGAUGUCGACGUUUCGUCCGCUCGUUUUCUGUGGACCAUCGGGAAGCGGCAAGUCGACGCUUCUGAAGCGGUUGAUUAACGAACAUGAGAAAUGGUUUCAAGUCAGCGUUUCUCAUACAACCCGUAAGCCUCGUCCUGGCGAAACAAAUGGAAAGGAGUAUCACUUCGUAACAUCCGAGGAAAUGGAUAAAGCAAUUGCUCGAGGCGAAUUCAUCGAGCACACUAAAUUCUCUGGAAAUAUGUAUGGCACAAGUAAACGUGCCGUAGAAGACGUAAUUAAAGAAGGACGCAUCUGUGUCCUCGACAUCGAGAUCGAGGGGGUGAAAAGCAUAAAGAACACCAACUUCAACCCGCGAUGCGUCUUCAUUAAGCCACCUUCCCUUCAGAUUCUCGAAGAGCGACUAAGAAAUCGUGGUACAGAGACGGAAGAAACUUUAAAAAAACGCCUUAGUCGAGCUGCGCUUGAGUUGCAAUACGGAGAGGAACCAGGCAAUUUCGAUCUUGUUAUUGUCAAUGACAACUUCGAAGAAGCUUACGAGAAGCUUGAGAACUUCCUUAUAAAGGAGUACCCAGCGGCAUUUUUUGAGCAAGAAAGUUGCUUAAAAAUUCAAAAAGGUUGGCAAACAUAGCUAACGUAGAUACAAAAAAGAGACCUAAAAUACGUAAAGUGUGACGUAAAAUAAGUGACCUCGUACUCUGCA